AUGGAUCCGCUGGGUUUGGAUCACUCCAAACGGGAGUCGGCCAGUGUUGAACCUUGCCGUGGUGCAGGCCAAGCAAGCAAGGUCUCCCUUGAGGACCAGGGUGCAGGUUCCAACCAGGCAGAUACCGAAACCACGCUUGGCAUUUAUGAUGAUCCUCUUCCUAUUGCUCACGAAUUUUACCAGCCAGGAGACCUAGUAAUUGGUGAGAUGGUUUCGCAAGUCAUAUACUUCUCUAAUAUCCAGUCUUUCAGGGAACAGCCUUCACAGAUACUGAUUGAUGAACCUAUCUCUGUGCCAAAGAACUACCAGCACAUCCUGGCCUUAGCAUUUGCUGUCAAAGAAAUCAAUGAGAAUCCCAAAGUCUUAUCCAACAUCUCUCUAGGGUUCCGCGUCCUCAACAGCUACUACACUGCAAGGAUGACCUACAAGGCCACGCUCAACCUGCUUUCCACACAGCAUAGAUUUGUCCCCAACUUCAAGUGUCACAAGUGGAACAACCUGAUAGCUCUCAUUGGAGGAUGCAUCUCUGAAAUCUCUGCCAAUAUGGCCACCCUUUCAGCAACCCACAAGAUUCCACAGCUCACAUAUGGAUCCUUUUUGGCGAUACAGGAUGCAAACAAGCUAUUCCCAUUUUUAUACCAGAUGGUCCCAAAUGAAGCCAAACAGCACAUAGGAAUUGUGCAAUUACUUCAGCAUUUCAGAUGGACAUGGAUUGUACUUUGUGCUGUGGAUGAUGACAAAGGGGACCAGUUUCUACAGACAAUUUUACCACUACUCUUUGAGCAUGGCAUCUGCUAUGAUUUUAUAGUAAGAUUAGAAAAAUGGAAUUAUCUGGAUGAGAUGAUACGCUUGGCUUUACAGCACUGGGAAAGUUAUGCAAUUGUGUUUGAGACAAAAGCUAAUGUAUUUGUGGUUUAUGGGGAACCUCCAUCCUUUCAGGUUUUGAGAGUAUUAUCCUUUAUAGUACCUGUAAUGGGAUGGCCACCUCUAGGUAAAGUGUGGGUUGCUACAUCUCACUGGGAUUUUGAUUCAGUGUCUAUUCAGAAAGACUGGGAAAUACAGAUGUUCCAUGGUACUCUAUCCUUCACAGUCCACUCAAGUCAGCCAUUAGGUUCCCAGAAGUUCAUUCAGACGAUAAGACCCUUCUGGCACAAAGAGGAUGUAUUCAUCCAGGAUGUCUGGGAACAGGCUUUCACCUGCUCCCUGAAAGCAUCUAAUGGACAGGAGGUGGAGGCUGAGCAGAAAGAACCCUGCACUUUGGAGGAGAAACUGGAGAACCUUCCUGGGGUUUUGUAUGAAAAACACAUGACUGGUCACAGCUACAAUGUCUACAAAGCUGUCUAUGCUGUGGCACAUGCUUUGAACUCCAUAUACAAAUCCAGCUCCAAACAUAGCAGAUUGGCAAGAGGAGAGAGAUUUGCCUUUCUGAAUGUGCAACCAUGGCAGGUCCAUCCCUUUCUGAAGAGCCUUGUAUUCAACAUCAGCGCUGGAGAUAUGGUGCACUUUGAUGAACAUGGAGAACUGGUUGAAGGUUUUGACGUUACCAAUUGGAUCACUUUCCCCAAUGGCUCACUGACUAGGUUGAAAGUUGGACGACUGGAGCCUCAGGUUCCAGCAGGCAAAGAGUUAACCAUCAAUGAUGAGCAAAUUGUGUGGCAUCCAUGUUUUAAUCAGGCGCUGCCCCUUUCUGUGUGCAAUGACAACUGCAACCCUGGCUUCAGUAGAAAAAAGAAGGAAGGAGAGAAGUUUUGCUGCUAUGAUUGUGCUCCGUGUCCAGACGGAAUGAUCUCUAGUCAGAAAGACAUAGACGCUUGCGUCAAUUGUCCAGAGGACCAAUAUCCCAACAUGGAUCAAACUCAGUGUGUUCCCAGGAUUGUGAGCUUCCUCUCUUACAAAGAAAAUCUGGGGAUCAUCUUAGUGGUGUUGGCUAUUUCUCUCUCUCUCAUCACAACUUUAGUACUUGGCAUUUUCCUGAAGCACAAGGAUACUCCCAUAGUCAAAGCCAACAACCGGACCCUCACCUACAUCCUUCUCGUCUCCCUCCUCCUAUGCUUCCUGUGCUCCUUGCUUUUCAUUGGACGGCCUGGAAGGGUGAUCUGUCUUCUCCGACAAAUGGCUUUUGGCCUUGUCUUCUCUUUGGCCAUUUCCACUGUGUUGGCAAAGACGGUCACUGUGGUUGUGGCAUUUAUGGCCACCAAACCAGGAUCCAGCAUAAGGAAAUGGGUGGGGAAAGGACUGACCAAUUCGAUUGUCUUCUUCUGCUGCUUCAUCCAAGCUGCCAUUUGUGCUCUUUGGUUAAGUACUUCUCCACCCUUUCCAGAUAAGGACACGCAUUCAGUGAUUGGGGAAAUCAUACUUGAAUGUAACGAGGGUUCAGCUUCCAUGUUUUACUCUGUCUUAGGCUACAUGGGCUCCCUGGCCACCGCCAGCUUCAUAGUAGCUUUCUUUUCCAGGAAACUCCCUGACAGUUUCAAUGAGGCCAAAUUUAUCACUUUCAGCAUGUUGGUGUUUUGCAGUGUUUGGUUGUCCUUUGUGCCAACCUACUUGAGCACCAAAGGGAAAUACAUGGUGGCUGUGGAGAUCUUCUCCAUCUUGGCCUCCAGUGCUGGAUUACUGGGUUGCAUCUUUUCCCCCAAAUGCUACAUUAUUGUGCUUAGGCCUGAGCUGAACAGCAGGGAACAAAUGCCAGGAGGCAUUGUCAUUGGUGAGAUUGUUUCUCAAGUAUUACUCCUCUCUAAUAUGCUCUCUUUCAUGGAACAGCCUGCCCAGAUCACGAUUGACGAACCUAUAUCAGUGCCAAAGAACUACCAGCACGUUCUGGCCUUAGCAUUUGCUGUCAAAGAAAUCAAUGAGAAUCCCAACAUCUUAUCCAAUAUCUCUCUGGGGUUUCGUAUCCUCAAUAGCUACUACACUGCAAGGAUGACCUACAAGGCCACCCUCAGCCUGCUCUCCACAGAACAUAGGUUUGUCCCCAACUUCAAAUGUGACAACCAAAACAAUCUGAUAGCUUUCGUUGGGGGAUGUAUCUCUGAAGUCUCUGCCAACAUGGCCAUCAUUUCAGCAAUCCACAAGACUCCACAGCUGACUUAUGGAUCAUUUCUGCCACUAAAAGGUGUCAAAAAGUCCUUCCCAUUUUUGUAUCAGAUGGUCCCAAAUGAAGCCCACCAGUACACAGGGAUUGUGCGAUUACUUCAGCAUUUUAAGUGGACAUGGAUUGGGCUUUGGGCUGUGGAAGAUGACAGAGGGGACAGGUUUUUAAAGACAAUGGUCCCAAUCCUUUCCCCUAAUGGCAUCUGUUAUGCCUACAUAGUAAGAAUACCAAAAUGGAAUUAUGUGGAUGAGAUGAUAGACUUUGCUUUACAGCAUUUAGGAACCUAUGCAAUGGUCUUUGAGGAUAACCCAACUGUGUUCAUUGUUUAUGGAGAACCUCCAUCCUUCCAGGUUCAUCAUUAUCUGAGGAGCAUCAUAUUCAAUAAUAGUGCUGCUGAGAAUGUGCACUUUGAUGAAAAUGGAGAACUGGUUGCAGGUUUUGAUAUUACAAACUGGGUGAUGUUCCCCAAUGGUUCAGUGGUUAGAGUAAAGAUUGGAAGAUUAGAACCUCGGGCUCUUCCAGGCAAAGAGUUUACCAUUCAUGAUGACCAGAUUGUGUGGCAUCCACAUUUUAAUCAGCGUUUAACUGGAAGAUUGCGCUAA